GCUAGACUCCAGAGCCAAACUUUAUGUACAUACUACAUUAAAUUGUCAAUAAUUUGAAAUAGAGCCAAUAUAAAUACAUUUUAUUUUUUAAGGCAAAUAUAUCUUUUCAUUAAAUUAAAUGUCCUGUAUAUUAUUUACAUCCGCCAAUCGUAUUUUUUUGUUAGGAACGAUAAUGAGUAACGCUGAAAUCUGUGUGUGAUGAUGUCCGUUCGGAACUAUUUAUCAGCUCGUGAAAAAUCUGAAUUGACUUCGUUUGUUGAUUAUUUACCACUUCGAAAACAACACAAAAAUACGCGUCCGUCGCAGUUGCCCGUAUUAUCAGCAAACCCUGACAGUAUUCAUAACAGGAAUUUAGUAUAUCCUAUCGAUCAUCACUACCUAGGAAAUAAAUUUGAACGAUCCAGUUCUCCUCUUUCAGAUUUCUUCUCUGAAAGUGAAAUCGGGACACCAGAUUUUCUUAGCGAAGAAAGUGAUAGUAGCGCAGGAUCAGAGUUGAGAAGAAAUACUGCAGAAGCAACUAGGAUAUUAGCUGAAGAAUGGGAGCGGAUUGAGAGAACUCUUUACAAGGAAGAGGGAGAGAAAUGCACUCGGCCACAGAUGAUUGAAGAAUGUAAACAAUGGCAGGAGUUACAUCUACAUCUAAGGGUAGUUGGAAAAGGCUUACCAGGACCUGAGAAACAAUUGUAUUUCAGACAGAUUUCGAAUGAAGAAGUAAUAGCAUUAAAUUAUAAUAAUUACGAACAGUACAGUGAAAGUGAGGAAAGACUGUCACAAAGUAGUGCAGAUGUCACACCAACAAAUUCCCCUAGAACAUCUUCGUCAGGUGACUAUGAGCCUACAUUAUGUCGAGAAAAAUUUUCACAUAAAAUGAACACAGACGAAAUAUCUGACAGAUUUAGUUCACUAUUACACAUCUCAUCGCUUCAGAUAAGGAGUCCAUUACCGAGGAGAAAACAGAAUCAAUCUGUACUUAGAUCAGAAGUUGCUUCAUCACGGUGGAUGAGGUCAUCUAGACCAGAAUCUUCUAUAAAUUUAGGAAGGAACAGUGCAAAAUCAUAUAUUUCUUUUGAUACCAGAAACCUUAAUAUCAACUCAACAGAGUGCAAUACACUAAGAAAAGGAGUGUUUACAGCCAGAAAUAGUGAGCCUCCAAACCACCAAAUGUAUGCAACAGAUAUACACAAUGGAAUGUUUGCUCGCACUAAUCUCAGAAAGAUCUCCUUGCCUCCACUGAUGUUAGAAGAAGAGAAGAGAAUAUUAGUUAGUUCAGCAAAAAAGCAGAAACAGAGGAAACUGAACAGCAGACUGUACCAAGCAAAUCCAAAGAAAUGAAUUUGAAUAUUAGUAUCAUAAAUAAUAUUUAUUUUUACUAUA